AUGGCUCCAACACAAAAGAGAGCGCCCUCAAAACGCUCCCGCGCCGCCCGCCGCGCAACAUCCCCCUCCAUCGACACCGACAAGUCACUCAAGGACGUCUCCCUCCCAUCCACAAAAUCCGCCUCCUCCUCAUCCGCCCGCCCCUCCGUCCUCGCCGCCCGCCACUCAGCCGGCGUCACCAAAAAGUCCAGGCGCGGCCGCCAGCUCUCGGCCAAGGGCCGCCGGCGCCAGGAAAAGGGCCUCGAGAUGGCCGAGGCCUUCAUCGAGCGCACGAGCAAGAAGCUCGAGAAGAGCAUCGGCAAGGCCAGGGUCGUGCAGGCCAGGAGCAAGAAGUGGGAGGACAUCAACAAGGCCGUGCAGGAGAGCAGGACCAAUGCGUUUGAAGCGCUGAAGCAGGACGACGACGAGGACGACGAGGCCAAGGGUGCCGAGUGGGAGACGGACGAUGACAUGGACGGCGAGGCCAGCGCAAAGACUGAUGCUGCAGCUGCACCAGUACUGGAUAACGACGAUGACGAGAUUAUGUAA